GGUUAUGAACCGGAUUUAAAAAAUUCAAACGUUCACGACGCCGUCACUAACCCGCGAAUAAGGCUUGUCCACAAUUACAUUAUAAUUAAUCUGUUUUUUACCACGUCACCGGUGUUAUCAUUGGCUUACCGUAAUCUGCAAUAAACCACAUUUAGUUCGUCGUACGAGCUUGACAGCUCAAACCGUUUGUCAAUCACAAUGUCAUGAAUUUUUUGAAAGUGAAGUUAGUUACGUUAUCGUAAUGAAACAUUAACGGAAAAUUUGUCAUUUUCCAAUUUCAGAAUCACUGUGAUGAAAUUAAAUUUGAACUGUAUGAGCUCGUUUUGCUUGAUUAUGGUUUACUGAAUUUUAUAGAAUUCUCAACUUACGAAAUAACGAUUUUUUUUCAACAUUCAUCGUUACAAUAAUGUUACUAACUUCGACAUGAUUGAAUUUUGAAAUUAUAAAAAUUCUACGGUUAUUAACUUGAAUUCAAACACAGACCAUCACUGUCGUCAGCUUCAUCAGUAUCGAGAUCAAGCGCUACACCCUCAAAGGUGAUCAUCUAUCUACAUGGACCAAUUAUUUAAACAUGUUAGCCCUACAAGAACGUUGGUGAAUCUUCGCGCAAAAAGUGGCACUAAAGCGCUCCAAGAGAUCAGAUUCUUACAGAAGACGACAAAGCUACUGAUUCCAAAGUUACCAUUUGCUAGAUUAGUUAGAGAAAUUAUGUUGGAUUUGUUCCCUCGAUUGGAAAUUAACAGAAUACAAGCAAAAGCUCUCGAGGCACUUCAAGAGGCGUCAGAAAUGUAUUUGGUGCAAUUUUUUGAAGACGCAAUACUACUGUCACUCCAUGCCAAACGUGUAACACUGUUUCCAACGGAUAUGCGAUUAGUGAGAAGACUGAGGGGACGGCAUGACAUUGUAAACAGAUGAAUAUAAUUUUAAUUCCAUACGUACUUGACUGUAAAUUGUACUUCACUUUCAUCGAAAAUAAUUUAAUUUUCGUGUACGUAUUAACUGAACAAAUGGUCACAGCCAUGCUUAAAUAUAUUUUAGAACUAAUUUUCAUAAAGUGUUUAAAACUCGGCGUUUUUUGAAAUCGUUUAUAUUAAGGCUGUUACAAAAUGAUACAUGUAAUAGCUAGCUAGCUAAAAACUCACUGGAAUAUUAGAUGAUCCUUACACACACACACACACAUAUAUAUAUAUAAGGAUCAUCAAAUAUUAAGGAUGUUACAAAAUGAUACAUGUAAUA